CCUCUCUCUCCUCGCUCACAAGUUUUGCACAUACGAAACUACUAUACAAACACUAAACUCCAAUUCCGAAAUUUUCCUUUACUCAUCAAAUAGUGAACUCCAGCUCUGAGAUUUUCAUUACCUUAGAAACACAGUUAUGGCGACAAAGGAAGGAAAAGCCAUAGGCAUAGACCUCGGCACGACCUGCAGCUGUGUGGGCGUGUGGCAAAACGACCGCGUGGAGAUCAUCCCCAACGACCAAGGGAACCGAACCACCCCCUCCUACGUGGCCUUCACCGACACGGAGAGGCUCAUCGGAGACGCGGCCAAGAACCAGGUUGCCAUGAACCCGCAGAACACCGUCUUCGAUGCCAAGCGUUUGAUCGGCCGCAGAUUCUCCGACGCCUCCGUCCAAAACGACAUGAAGCUCUGGCCCUUCAAGGUCGUAGCGGGCCCGGCCGACAAGCCCAUGAUCGUGGUCACAUACAAAGGCGAGGAGAAAAAAUUCGCCGCGGAAGAGAUAUCCUCGAUGGUGCUUAUCAAGAUGAGAGAAGUAGCAGAGGCGUUUCUCGGUCACGCGGUGAAGAACGCCGUUAUCACGGUCCCCGCUUAUUUCAACGACUCGCAGAGGCAGGCCACGAAGGACGCAGGGGCGAUUUCGGGUUUGAACGUGUUGAGGAUAAUCAACGAACCCACCGCUGCUGCUAUUGCUUACGGACUCGACAAGAAGGCUUCCAGAAAAGGUGAACAGAACGUGCUUAUUUUUGACCUAGGUGGCGGCACGUUCGACGUUUCGCUAUUAACCAUCGAGGAGGGGAUUUUCGAGGUGAAGGCCACCGCCGGUGACACUCACCUCGGUGGCGAAGAUUUCGACAACAGAAUGGUGAACCACUUCGUUUCGGAGUUCAGAAGGAAGAACAAAAAAGACAUCAGCGGGAACGCUAGAGCGUUGAGGAGGCUAAGAACAGCGUGUGAGAGAGCUAAGAGAACGCUCUCUUCAACCGCGCAGACGACGAUAGAAAUCGAUUCUUUAUACGAAGGGAUUGAUUUCUACGCGACUAUUACGAGAGCGAGGUUUGAGGAGCUGAACAUGGAUUUGUUCAGGAAGUGCAUGGAGCCGGUGGAGAAGUGUCUCCGUGACGCCAAGAUUGACAAGAGUCACGUUCACGAGGUUGUGUUGGUGGGAGGUUCCACUAGGAUUCCGAAAGUCCAGCAACUCUUGCAGGAUUUCUUCAACGGGAAAGAGCUUUGCAAGAGUAUUAACCCCGACGAAGCUGUUGCGUACGGUGCUGCGGUUCAGGCCGCGAUUUUGAGCGGUGAGGGAGACGAGAAGGUUCAGGAUUUGUUACUAUUGGACGUGACACCUCUGAGCCUUGGACUCGAAACUGCUGGCGGUGUGAUGACGGUGUUGAUUCCGCGUAACACGACGAUUCCGACGAAGAAGGAGCAGAUAUUUUCGACGUAUGCGGAUAACCAACCCGGGGUUUUGAUUCAAGUGUUUGAAGGAGAACGCGCGAGGACGAAGGAUAACAACCUUCUGGGGAAGUUCGAGCUUGCUGGUAUCCCUCCUGCGCCGAGAGGAGUGCCUCAGAUUAACGUUUGCUUCGACAUCGACGCGAACGGGAUUCUGAACGUGUCCGCAGAGGAUAAGACCGCGGGUGUGAAGAACAAGAUAACGAUUACGAACGACAAGGGGAGGUUGAGCAAGGAGGAGAUUGAGAAGAUGGUGAAGGACGCGGAGAGGUACAAGGCAGAGGAUGAGGAGGUGAAGAAGAAGGUGGAGGCGAAAAACUCGCUUGAGAAUUAUGCUUACAAUAUGAGGAACACGAUAAGGGAUGAGAAGAUUGGGGGGAAGUUGGGGGCCGAGGAGAAGCAGAGGAUUGAGAAGGCGGUGGAGGAUGCUAUAGAGUGGUUGGAGGGGAACCAGUUGGCGGAAGUGGAGGAGUUUGAGGACAAGCAGAAGGAGUUGGAGGGGAUCUGCAACCCCAUCAUUGCCAAGAUGUAUCAAGGUCAGGGUGCUGCAGGUGCUGGUGCUGGUGCUGGUGGAGAUGUGCCUAUGGGGGAUGAUGGGCCUGGUGGUGCUGCCUCUGGCGCCGGACCUAAGAUUGAAGAAGUUGACUAAGCUUCUGGAUUUUACUAACUUAAGCUUUGGUGCUGCUGUUUGUGCUCUUUAUUUGUCUCUAAUAAUGCAAGUUUAGUCAUGUGAUGUGAGGUUUCAUAAAUAGUCAAUAAAGUUUUUUUUAGCUUCAUGUGAUCCAUGUAAUUUCACAAAUGGAGCUGAGAUUAAUGUAAUUUUAUACAGCUCCGGUUUAUUAAUAUAUGUUUUUAUUUGUUCCUCUCUUCUU